AGGGCCGUUUGCAUGGCUCUGCACAGAAAGACUCCUCUUACCUUCCCGGGGAAGAAUGGAUGCACCUGCCAGUGAGAGCAGUCAUAGAGAAUGUGGGAAGAUGCCCCACCCAUCACUCACCCACAUCAAGGGGAAGAUACUGGAUCCUGGUAAGAAGAGGGGGAAUUUUUACCUGUCUAGAGAGGAAAAUCACCAAAACUAUCCAACAUGCCAGAAUGAAACUGAUGCACAGCCAUGCAUCCUGACACCAGAAAGGUCAUCAAUUUGCUUUCUCAAUGUCUUUGUGCUUCGUCGUUUCAUUUGGAACAGCAAUCGGUUGUGCCCAUCGAUCUUUAGCACCCUAUAUUCAAUUUUCAUGCAGCUGUUUGCCGUGGUGGAACUAAAAACUUUCUGUGCACCAUGUAGACAAACCUGUAGUCAGUGGAAGAGAGGAAGUGAAGCAGAUAUACCCUGGCCAACAGGAACUGCAAACAUUAGAGUGGAAUGCUCCAUUUCAGAGGAGGAGGACAAGGCAGCACUGGGGCUGUUAAUUGGGAGCAUUUUGCUUCCGGGAAUUGGGAAGGAUUGGGAGAAUAGUAGUUUUAAAAGGAGUCAGUUCAAAAAAAUAGCUUUCAAUGGAAUUGCACAGGAUGUAAAUCAACAUAGAAUUUGGCCCAGAUGUUUAGCUGGGCUUCAACUUAAUAUGGUGUUUUUCACAUCUCCACUCUGA